AUUCAGGGACUUUUUGGUGGAGCAAUUACCAGUCAACUUCAGGGUAUUAUGAUAAACUCUGAUCUGGGGAGGAACCAGGACUACAUAGAUCAAGGCAGUUUUCUUCUUUGAGAAACUAUCCCAGAUAUCAUCAUAGAGUCUUCUGCUCUUCCUCAACUACCAAAGGCUGUCAUUUCCUUGAAGACAUGGAUACCAUAACAUUUAUUCUAGUGCUUUAUGACAAGUUGGAAUUCAAUGACUAUUUAUUAAAUUGAGUUCUUUCAGCAGAAAAACAUCAGCGAAGCAGCAGGCCAUGCACCCCCCAAAAACUCCAUCUGGGGCUCUUCAUAGAAAAAGGAAAAUGGCAGCCUGGCCCUUCUCCAGGCUGUGGAAAGUCUCUGAUCCAAUUCUCUUCCAAAUGACCUUGAUUGCUGCUCUGUUGCCUGCUGUUCUUGGCGAUUGUGGUCCUCCACCCACUUUAUCGUUUGCUGCCCCGAUGGAUAUUGAUAUUAGGUUGACUGAGACACUCUUCAAAACUGGAACUACUCUGAAAUACACCUGCCUCCCUGGCUACGUCAGAUCCCAUUCAACUCAGACGCUUACCUGUAAUUCUGAUGGCGAAUGGGUGUAUAACACCUUCUGUAUCCACAAACGAUGCAGACACCCAGGAGAGUUACGUAAUGGGCAAGUAGAGAUUAAGACAGAUUUAUCUUUUGGAUCACAAAUAGAAUUCAGCUGUUCAGAAGGAUUUUUCUUAAUUGGCUCAACCACUAGUCGUUGUGAAGUCCAAGAUAGAGGAGUUGGCUGGAGUCAUCCUCUCCCACAAUGUGAAAUUGUCAAGUGUAAGCCUCCUCCAGACAUCAGGAAUGGAAGGCACAGCGGUGAAGAAAAUUUCUACGCAUACGGCUUUUCUGUCACCUACAGCUGUGACCCCCGCUUCUCACUCUUGGGCCAUGCCUCCAUUUCCUGCACUGUGGAGAAUGAAACAAUAGGUGUUUGGAGACCAAACCCUCCUACCUGUGAAAAAAUCACCUGUCACAAGCCAGAUGUUUCACAUGGGGAAAUGGUCUCUGGAUUUGGACCCAUCUAUAAUUACAAAGACACUAUUUUGUUUAAGUGCCAAAAAGGUUUUCUUCUCAGAGGCAGCAGUGUAAUUCAUUGUGAUGCUGAUAGCAAAUGGAAUCCUUCUCCUCCUGCUUGUGAGCCCAAUAGUUGUACUAAUUUACCAGACAUUCCACAUGCUUCCUGGGAAACAUAUCCUAGGCCGACAAAAGAGGAUGUGUAUGUUGUUGGGACUGUGUUAAGGUACCGCUGUCAUCCUGGCUACAAACCCACUACAGAUGCACCUACAACUGUGAUUUGUCAGAAAAAUUUCAGAUGGACCCCAUACCAAGGAUGUGAGGCGUUAUGUUGCCCUGAACCAAAGCUAAAUAAUGGUGAAAUCACUCAACACAGGAAAAGUCGUCCUGCCAAUCACUGUGUUUAUUUCUAUGGAGAUGAGAUUUCAUUUUCAUGUCAUGAGACCAGUAGGUUUUCAGCUAUAUGCCAAGGAGAUGGCACGUGGAGUCCCCGAACACCAACAUGUGGAGACAUUUGCAAUUUUCCUCCUAAAAUUGCCCAUGGGCAUUAUAAACAAUCUAGUUCAUACAGCUUUUUCAAAGAAGAGAUUACAUAUGAAUGUGAUAAAGGCUACAUUCUGGUCGGACAGGUGAAACUCUCCUGCAGUUAUUCACGCUGGUCAGCUCCAGCCCCUCAAUGUAAAGCUCUGUGUCUGAAACCAGAAUUACUGAAUGGAAGGUUGUCUGUGGAUAAGGAUCAGUAUGUUGAGUCUGAAAAUGUCACCAUCCAAUGUGAUUCUGGCUAUGGUGUGGUUGGUCCCCAAAGUAUCACUUGCUCUGAGAACAGAACCUGGUACCCAGAGGUGCCCAAGUGUGAGUGGGAGACCCCUGAAGGCUGUGAACAAGUGCUCAUAGGCAAAAGACUCAUGCAGUGUCUCCCAAACCCAGAGGAUGUGAAAAUGGCCCUGGAGGUAUAUAAGCUGUCUCUGGAAAUUGAACAACUGGAACUACAGAGAGACAGUGCAAGACAAUCCACUUUGGAUAAAGAACUAUAAUUUUUCUCAAAAGAAGGAGGAAAAGGUGUCUUGCUGGCUUGCCUCUUGCAAUUCAAUACAGAUCAGUUUAGCAAAUCUACUGUCAAUUUGGCAGUGAUAUUCAUCAUAAUAAAUAUCUAGAAAUGAUAAUUUGCUAAAGUUUAGUGCUUUGAGAUUGGGAAAUUAUUAAUCAUCCUCUGUGUGGCUCAUGUUUUUGCUUUUCAACACACAAAGCACAAAUUAUUUUUCGAUUAAAAAUGUACGUAUAAAAAACUA